ACAAUCACAAAGAAACUCUUAGUCGCAAGAGUGAUUGUUUAAAUAUCCAUCGGAACUCUUCUCUACUUAUCAUUGUUCUCUUGUUAAUCAAAAAAAGCAUGGCGGACGAUUUACCAGAAGGGUGGGAAAAGCGAAUGAGCCGGUCUGCAGGUAAGGAAUACUAUUUGAACCAACACACAAAGGAAAGCCAGUGGGACAGGCCUACCGCCCCAGCAGAAAAGGCUGCAAUGGUUCAGUGUUCACAUCUGCUGGUGAAGCACAGGGACUCAAGGCGGCCAUCUUCCUGGCGGGAGGAAAACAUCACUCGCUCCAAAGAGGAGGCUAUAAAGAUAUUAAAAGGGUACAGGGAUCAAAUCACCAGUGGACAGGCCACCUUUGAAGAACUGGCUUCUCAAUUUAGUGACUGCAGCUCCGCAAAGAGGGGUGGAGAUCUCGGUCCCUUUGGGAGAGGACAGAUGCAGAAACCGUUUGAAGAUGCCACCUAUUCAAUGAAAGUGGGUGAGCUCAGUGAUAUAGUGGACACAGAUUCAGGUGUACACAUCAUACUACGGACAGCAUAAAGAACGAACUUAAUGUGAACUUUAUUCAAAAAAAAAAAAGUAGAUCUGUCCCUUCUGAUGUCUCAAAACUUGGUGGAUUUAGUUGUUCACAGCAUGCUGAGUCCGCAGCAGUCUUAUGUUUACAGAGAAGAAAGAUUAUGUCUUUAAUUGUUGACAGUUACAGAUGCUAGACACAAGUUUGUGUAAGAUUAUGAAAAUAAAGCUCAUGCAAGCAUGAGUGUACAUUUCCCCUGCAAUAUAUAAUUUACCUUACCAAUUGUUUUACAGAAUCAAAUCUUAGUAGCAACAAUUUUAUGUUGUACAAUGUUAUGUAAGUGAAUUAAAUAAACUGUGCUAUUGAAAUU